AUGUCUGGAACACGCACGCAAGUCGCGGACUCGUCGACGUCACCGCCUCUAAUUGAAAACCGCCGGCUUGAUUAUUCGGGGCUGAAGUUCACUUAUGCAGACGGUUCGGACGACGAGGGUCCGCAGUUGACGUCCGAGCUGCCUUCGUGUGUAUACGCUGCAGCCAGGGGUCGCCUGCAGUUGCCGCUGGCUGCUUACGUUCAUCAGCAUUCAAGGCAACUACAUACAGAUGGUAUCUUGGAGACCUCGAUGGAGCCCGAAUAUCAAUGCGGAGGAUCGCCAUACAGAGUUCAGCGAGCUGCGGCGAAUGUUCGCGAACGAAGGCGAAUGCUGAGCAGUAUAAACUCGGCGUUCGACGAGUUGCGGGUACACGUCCCCACUUUUCCAUAUGAGAAGAGAUUGAGCAAGAUCGACACACUCCGGCUUGCUAUUGCAUAUAUAGCGCUAUUGAGAGAAGUACUAGACGCUGAUUAUGAUCCUUUGACGUACGUUGAGAAAUGUCUUCGGGGCGAGAUCAAAGCUGAUCGUGCGCAUUGGAAUACAAGUGACUUAACAGCACGACUUUCAUGGAUAAACUGGGAGAACCUCGGAGUAAAUCCUCAGAGGAGGAGCGUCCUAACAUCACUGGCGCUCAGUUCCGAAAACUUACAAUACCCUCACAACUGA